AUGUGCAUGUAUUCAAAAUCAUUCAAAAUAAUGAGAUCACUGAGCCAAAACAAGAUCUACAUUUUACUGAAGAUGUUUCAGUGGGACAGCUUCCAGAAGCUCUCAGGCAUGUGUGAUGUCAUUGUAAGCUGUCAUAAUGGGCCUGAUGUACGACAAUGCAAAUUCACAAAUUUUACAGCUGAUGCAUUUGUAGCGAAAACCAAAUCCAACAUCGCUUCUGCUAAGAUACUUCUUUCUGAUCAUCAGUUCCAGUAUGUACUGCCUUUAGCAUUUGGUCAAGAUCCUUUAGAAAAGUUUUUGGUAAUGCCAGGCAACGAUGCUCCAGAUGCUAAUGACUGA